AUGUCUAUCGAACAAGAUACUGCCUCCACCGGCGCAUCUGAGCGCAGCCAUGCUGAAAUCAUGGCCAUCGCAGCCAGAGGAAACGAGAUCACGGGAUUGGACAUUUUCCAAAAGACAACAGACGAUAUUGCUCCCGCGAGAGUCGACGAGUUGAUGUCGCGGAUGCACCAAGAUCAGCCCGUUGGAGGUACCGACAUGUCGUAUGGGGACAGUGAUGCACAGCAUCUUCGCUUCUGGAAGUCCAAAUCACCGAAAGCUCCAAUUGUCGUGUUUGUCCAUGGCGGGAGCUGGAGAGUAGGCACACACCUGGACUCGAUAGGAGCAGAUAAAGUCAACCAUUUGCUCACCAAGGGGUACGCAUUUGCCACCAUCAAUUACACCCUCAUUCCUCUAGUCAAGGUGGAAGAACAGGUGCAGGAGGUAGCCAACGCGGUCGGCUUCCUGGCCAAGAAUGUAGAUGAACUCGGAUUUGACGAUGGACGGGUCAUUUUGAUGGGGCAUAGCUCUGGAGCACAUGUCGUCACUCUGCUGGGGACUGACACAAGUUACUUGGGGCGCGCAGGGGUGGAUAUCCGCACCAUACAAGCCGUCAUCUCGAUCGAUGGCUCCAACUAUAAUGCGUUGGCCGAGAUGAUGGACAGUCCGGGUCCGAUAGCACAAAACAUGACCUACGGACUCGGCUCCGAUCCGGAGCGGCUGCGCGCCAUGUCGCCGACUUACCACGCUCGCGGUCCUAAUGCCCAGGCUUUUCUGCUACUACAUGUUCAAAGGCAAGGCGACAUUAGACAGGCGGUCGAGUUCGCCGCUGCAUUGACUGCUGCGGGCACUAAAGUAGCCUUCCAUGUAUUCGAGGGCGAGUGGUUUGAAGGUCAUAUGCAGAUGCUACUCAAGCUUGGUGACCCGGAAUAUCCUGCGACUUUGGUUAUGGAUAACUGGCUGAAUGAGCAUGUUCCAUUGGCCUAG